CUCGCCGGACCUCUCUUAGACCCCACCGGAUCUGCGAGCCACCGCGAUCAACUACUAGCCAUGGCGGACGUUGUUCAGUACCGCCUCGAGCGGAUGCCUCGAGCGGAUGGUUGAAGAGCUCGAUGAUCUUGAACGCCGAAGAAGAAGAAGAAGAAAUCUAUCUCCGAUUUCGCGCGUGGCGAAGAUUGUUGAGAUUGUGGUUUAGGUAUCUCGAGUUAUGUAGACAGAAGAGUGAUGGGAGAUUGAAAAAGUUUCAGGAGUGUGGAUAUAUGCUACGGUUUGGUUCCAAGGACCCUGAAUACUGGGAUUGGCUUGCCAGGCAUCAAUAUAGUGAUUCGAUCAGCAGAGAGAUGAGUGUAUGGUUUUCGUAUGAAGAGGGCUUACAAAUUGUUUCCUCAAAUUAUUCUUGGCUCUUUCUGGUUUAUUCUAUACAAAGAUUGCAUUUAAAUAGAGACCAAACUUGCAUCAUUGUCUCACUAAUGCCCAAAACUUGCAUCAUUGCUGUUUCAAUUUACUGCCACAACCUGGCUUUAUGGCCGGAUUGGUACUCAUUGGAGAACAAGAUGGGAACAUCAGACAGCCAAUGGUGUAUAUUGGCGUGCAAGAAAGACUCUGAAGGAAGCGGCAGGUUUCAUUGUUCGAUCUGAUUUGUUAUAAGUUGAUGAUGGCAACACAAUGUUAUAGGCCCC